GCCGCGGUUAGGACUAAAAAUCGAAAAAAUCGCCGAACACGCGCACAUCAAACAGAUCGAGACCCGUUUUGUCGAAAAAUUUCAUUGGGAUUUAUUUUUUUAUGAUAAUGACCUAUUACGCUCAAAGUUAAACUGGCAUUUGAAUGGGUACACGCCAAUGGCUCAAUUAGCUCAUAAUCUUCGGGGAACGGGUGCUUGA